AGGCGCUGGCCACCGCUGCAGCACUCCCAGGUUACCGCCGCAAAGACAAUGGCUUGUGACUGGUGGACGCUCUUUCCGUCGCUGGUGCUGGUCGCAGGCACGCUGACUUUCUUCCGGUGGCGCCAGUACUCCAGGAGGUUCGCCAGGGCCGGCGUCCCGUACACGCCACCGCUGCCCGUGGUGGGGAACACCCUGGACGUGGUGCUCAACAGGAAGGCCAUGGCGGACAUAGUAGUCGACGCGUACAGGCGCUUCGAACCGCACCCCUACGCUGGGUUCUACACUUUUGCCAAGUCUCUGGUCUUGUUGAGGGAUCCUGAUCUCAUCAGGUCCGUCACAGUCAAGGACUUCGACCACUUCACUGACCACGUGGACUUUAUGAACACCGACGAGGACACUCCAGUGCUACUGCGGAUGUUGUUUCUCAUGAAAGGAAAAGAAUGGCACGAAAUGCGGACGAUACUAAGUCCUGCGUUCACAUCGAAGAAAAUGAGAAACAUGUUCCUGCUGAUAGCAGAGAUAGGGCAGCAGAUGGUAGAUUACAUAACAAAGGAAUGUGACAAAGUCGAAGUUUCUUCUGGAGAAAAACAGGUACUGACACUGGAGAUGAAGGACCUUUUCACACGCGUGACCAAUGAUGUCAUUGCGACGACUGCAUUUGGAGUAAAGGUGGACUCCUUGGCAGAGCCAAACAACACAUUCUACACAAUGGGCCGUGAGCUGACAACCAUCAAACCAGCAGUCGUAAUGGGAUACACGUUAGCUCCGAAGCUUAUGCGGUUAUUAGGUGCAAAGUUCAUUGACGCGAAGAUAGUGGAGUUCUUCAGAACCAUGUUGACCGAGACUAUUAAAACGCGAGAGGAGCAAGGGAUCGUGCGCCACGACAUGAUCCACCUCAUGAUGCAGGCCCGCCGAGGAGAACUGGUGCCAGAGGAAGCGGAGGGGAGCGGCGCCACAGACGGCAAAAGACGACAUCUCACUGAUGACGAUAUCACGGCGCAGGCGAUCAUAUUUUUCUUCGGCGGCUUCGACACCGUGUCGACACUGCUGACCUUCUGCAGCUACCUGCUGGCCACGCACCAGGACGUGCAGCAGCGGCUGCAGAGGGAGGUGGACGAGCUGAUGCAGAAGAGCGGGGGGCAGCCCAGCUACGAGCAGGUCCUGGGCUGCCAGUACCUCGACAUGGUGCUCUCUGAGACGCUACGCUUGUACACGCCCAUCCCGGCUCUGGACCGCACGUGCGUGCGCCCCUACAUGCUGCCGGCCGCUGGGAGCUGCCCUGGCCUCCAGCUGCGGCCCGGAGACGGCGUCUGGAUCCUUGUGCGCGGCAUCCACCACGAUCCCAAGUACUUCCCAGACCCGGAACGUUUCGACCCGGAGCGCUUUAGUCCGGAGAACAAACAUCUCAUCAAGCCGUUCACCUACUUCCCCUUCGGGUCUGGACCUCGCAUUUGCAUUGCCCAGAGGUUCGCGCUGAUGGAGUCCAAGGUGGUGCUCGUCCACCUGCUGUCCAGGUUCAGCCUCCAGGCGGUCGCCAAGACGCCGGUGCCGCUCAGACUCCAGCCGGACAGCGCCACGCUCUCCGUCAAAGGCGGCGCCUGGCUCGGGAUCCGAAGCAGGGUCUGAGGGUCUGAGCCAGCGCCCCAGCCGCUCCUCGCGACACAACGUUAAACGCACAUGUAAAACGUACUGUGCCUGUGAAAUCAUACAUGUCAGAGCAAAACGGUUGCUACAUCACAGAGUGGUAUGUUGCUCUUUCGUAUUUACAUGUGCAGUUUCUACUGUGCUUUCUUAAAUAGCCUCUAAACAUUAUUCCAUUAUUUUUCUACACUUGCACUGUUUGACUUCUAUACCUUACUGUUAAUUUAAGUAGAUUAUACGAAGUGAUUCAAUUACUGAUCGAGGCUUUAUAGGCUUUACCGAGGUUUCAUAAUUUUUUUCCUUUGAGGAUAUAAUGAGAAGUACUUAAGAAUGCGGCUAGUGCAAUAAAUGACAUUUUGAUGUGCCUCCAGAAAAUUCGUUUUUAUAUUACUUUAUGGUGUAAGCAACAAAAUGUAAUAACGAAAUUAUGCUAGAUUUAUGGGAAUAUUCCAUAGUUCCCAAAGAAGAACUAUAGUGACGUGAAUUUCACACUAGUUGCGGGAUAAAAUUGAGUGAGCACAGACUCUGACUAUUAUUGUUGUCUGUUGUGUGGCAGAGAAAGGAUGCUAAUGUUCCUCCAGACGCAUACACUGCCGUGAUAUAUUUGCACUCAUACUGACUUUGACUUGUUUUAAGAUCAAAAUGUCGUAGCAAGUGUUGUUCAAUUUGAAUGUUGCCUGAUAGCUUCAUUAUGAUGUUGCUAGAUGCAUUAUUAACCUGCUACGUAGUUUUGAUGAUAAUUAGUGAAUGUCAGUCCUUUUUUUCAGUCUUGAUGUGCUACAGCACUCACACUGCUGUCUGUCUGUGGGUAUAGCUUCUGCAUAAAUUCUUCAUUGAUGUGAAAUUUCUAUUUGAUUUUUUGUAACUGAGGUUCU